AAUCGAGGGGCAUGAAUAGAACAAUCUCAACUCACGGAUCCAUCACUCUACCCGCGUGAGCCUGCCUCCGAGUGUGCGCAGAACUGGUCUCGCCUUCAACAAGUUGCACGAAUUCCGAGCAGCUGAGUGGACAUUUCCCCCUCGUCAAGGCUCUAAUUCCUGUUACCUGUCGUUGGUUGAAGAAGAAGAAGCAGAUUCUGUGGAACGGGGCUGCGGGUAUUCUCGUUGAUCGAGUGGUUUUGGGGCUGAGUAUUUCUUCACGUGCCCAGCUUGCGGAAGUAUUUCGCAGUAUCUGUGCACUUGGGUGUUCUGUGCUGCUGCGCCUGAGGGGAUAAAGUUCAGGAGUGAUCGGACGAUUUGUUGUCUUUCGUCUUUGCUGUUUUGUCGUAAUUGAGAUCGGGUUGACAUUAUCCUCGAUCCAGUAGUUCUCGCAGGAUACCGUAUUAUCGACGAAGCAAUCCAGUCUGAGUCAUUUCUCUGCAUUUUGCUUCCAGUCCUCGUAGCUUAGAGCAUUUUCCAGAUUUCAGUGGAUGCCAGAAUUAGUGUAUAAUAGUUUGCUGGAACUUGGAGUGUGAAAACACGGAAGUUUCCUACUAGAUUUUCGCUACUGUUGCAAUACCCGUGGCUGAUAUCUCCUCCCUCUGCCUCCCUGGACAUUGUGUGAUUCUACACAUCUCUCUGUGGAAUUGGCGACUCUGACUGAAGAGGGGAUUUUAAUAUUUGUUAAGGUUGGUGAAAUCUGGAAAUGAAUUUCGUAGAGAAACGCUCAUUUUAGAGUUUCCUCUCAGAACUGAGAGGUCUGGAGUUGGACCUUACAGCAGCCAGCACUUCGACCAGGUUUAGGGUGUAGCAGGCUGAGGUCAAAUCUUGUAAGAGUGGUGACCAAGUGUUUGAGAUAAUCACUUUAUUCUCCAGAGCCUUUUUCUCCGUAGCCAUAAAGAUCUUGGGGUUUUCAAAGACGUUGGAGCGGUUACACAGAAGCAGAAAGGGAACUUUGGAAACCCGAAAUUCUCUAAGCGUGGAUCGUAAAAAUUGUAGAUGUUUGGAGUUUGGCCUUGAAAGAGUCCCUUAUAUUGCUUAAGUGCUGCAUUUAGUGAAUAUCACUGAGAAACUCGUUGGAACCCACAUUUAAGAAGACAUAUUUACCAGAAGAGAGGUGAAGAAGAUGAAGGAAGACGAUAGAUACCGACACUUGAGCCCGCUGGUGAAGCAGGACUUAAACUUGCUCGACGCGAAUGCUGACACCCGCCGUCUUGCGGUGAAGUCGUUGAAGCUGAUGGUUAAGCAGCUGGACGCUCACACCUUGCCCCGGUUCAUUUUUCAGAUUUCUGAGUCUCAUGAACCAGCAGCAACGCGAUCUUAUGUCAUUUAUGUGUUUGAGGAAAUUGGAAGAGUGCAUGGCAAGCUUAUUGUAACCCACAUCCCAAGAAUAAUGGGGUUUAUAGUGCGAUCUUCAUCUGCAAUCGGAAGCUGUCAUGUGUUACAAGAGGCUUGUGCGAAAGUCACGGCAUCUCUUGCCCUAUGCGGUAUCGAUUCAAACACAUCUCAGGAAGAUGCAGAGGAAAUUAUGCGAGAAAUUUGUACACCGCUCAUUGACGCUCUUGCAGGGAAGCUAGACGCCGUCGCUGCUUGUGCCGCUUCUUGCAUUCACGCUCUUGUUGAAACUGAUAAAUGGAAGUAUGUCCGUGAAGAGAUGGUCCACAAAGUGUGUCAUCGAACGUUUGUGGCGUUGGGUGAGAAACCCACCCGAACAGCAGCCCACUUGCAUCUCAUCUGCUCACUGGCAUCAGCGAACCCCGACAUCAUCAGCAGCCAUGGUGGGAGUCUAUUGAGGGCCGCUGAGGAAAUUUUGAAGGUUACAACCAAUCCCUGGCAGCUUCGCAAGGCUGCAGCUCAACUACUGCUGUCGGUGCUCACUAUUCUUGAAAAGGACAAAUUACAAAGAGAGCUCAACUCUGCUAUAAAUGUGUUAGAUAGCUGUCGUCUAGAUAAGAUGCAACAAGUAAGAACAGCCGUCAGCGAUGCGUUGCACGCAGCCAGAAUGUUAGCCUCUGGAAACAAUGUCUAUCAUCCUGCACUUGACAUGGCAGCAAGUCCCAUUCACAAAUCCAAAGAGCGCGGUGAUUGGAGUUCUAGGUCUGUUUGUAGACUCUACGAGCAGGGUUCUGGUCCCAAGGCCCCCACUCACCCUGGCGAGGUGGUGUCUCCGUCACCCGUUUCCAGGCCGGUUGAUAAUCCACAAAUCCUGACAGAUCUAAAUACGGUGGGUCUUUUCAGUCCUGAAAUCGCUACUGCUAGUCCGGGAACUGAUAGUUUAACAUCUCAAGAAUCACUUCAUGUACCCUAUUCUCCUACUUCUAGUUCCUUAGAAUCUUUCGAAGUUCCUUCCCCUGCUCAGAGCGUAGGUUCGCCAAAGGAACCUGGAUCACCUCACAACUCACCUCAAGACAUGGCCAAUGUCCAUUCUCCUACUUCUACAUCCUUGGAAUCUGUCGAAGUUUCUUCCCCUGCUCACAGCGAAGAUGCGCCAAAGGGACCUGGAUCACCUCACUACCCACCUCAAGACAUGGCUAAUGUCUAUUCUCCCCAAUCUGCUACCCCCCCUGGCACAUCUCCUUCGAGUUCCAUCAUUGCCGUGGAAGAGUGCGAGUCACCGUCACGAAGAUUGAGUGCUGAGUUCAAUGUUCAAUCUCAAAACAGUGAAGUAAGUUGCACAAGUUUGGAAGGUGAUGACACUGGCAAUGACGACCAUUCUUUCCAAGCGGAGGUUCCUUUGACCUCAGACCCAAGUAUUUCUCUUCCCACCUCUCAACAGAACAUGUUGAGUGUCGAGGUCCAAAAGAUAAUAGAAACGCAAGAUUUGAAAGACGUCGACAUCAUCACGUCCAAGCUUCCCGAGCACUUACGUGAGACAUCGAAUGAAAAAUAUGAUCCUCACACUUUCAUUCGAUGUCUCCUGAAUGCCAUCGAUGGUAGCACGCCAAUGAUGAGGAUUUCCAGCAUGAAUGUGCACCUAGUAAUGCCAAGCAAUGCAGAUGAAAGAAGUAAGAACGAGGAUGGUAAUGAGACUCUGAGUGAGAGUGCCGAAGUUGACAAACGGGAGAUUCUAAACUCGAACCCGCCAAUCUGUGUUGAGAAUUAUACAGUGUCUGAAGUAGAGCAUGAUGCUGGAAACUCGAACGGGGGGGGAUGUGCCUCACAUGAACAACUGAAGUUGCUGGAACACCGUGACAAUGCUUUGGAUCAUGCGGGUGUUGACACUGUUGACGCGGAAAGCGAGGAGACAGAGUCACUCAACGAGGCGAAAGAUUUGCUUCCGUUUGUCACACCGACGGAGUUGGUACACUCCCCAUCGAGCUCAUCUAUUCCCGAUCCGAGAGAAAGUGUAACCGAACAGGACGAACCAUUACUGUCCACCGAAUUGCCGACUAAUGAUGUGGAUGCGCACAAAUUGGUAGGCGAGACUUCAAGUGAGGCAAGUUGGAGCGUUCGUGACAAUCCGAUUGUAUCCGAGAGGUCUUUCCGAAUCGAAAACUCAGGUGAGGAGACGGAAGCCCACCGCAAGAGAGCACAGGACUCUUUCCCCAAAGUUCACAAGGUUGGUUCUCCCGAUAGUUGGAGUCCUCGCGAGAUUCACAUGAUCCUACCUGCCUCCGAGGCUCAUCUCUCUGUCGGCGAUGAUACAUCACUGGAUACCAGUAACCCCGUCGACAACUCUGAUCGCGCGUGCUGCCCGAUGACCGACGAUGCAGAUCAUCAAAGUAGUCCUUCGAGUGUUUUGGCGGAGCAAAGCCCCACAUCGUCUAAACCGCGCACCUCAAUUCAAGCAAUCAAGGACAUGCAUGGUGGUCCAAACGGACUAUCUAGCUUGCUUCACGAAGACGGGAAGUCUCAAGUUUGUGAACACAAAGCUACUGGACAGUGCGAUGAUGCCGUUGUCCGCAUAAAGUCCGACUGCACAACUCCAUCCUCGAAGAAAUACUCCCGAAGACAUGCGAAAGAAGUCAAGGGACUUCGGAUCCGGCUCCGAGUGAUAGCCCAUGGUUGGAAAAAAUUACGCUCGUGUACAGAGACAGCUUUGAGAGGAACACUGUGUGUAGCCAUCGCUCUUCCGCUGGCUGUGAUCGUGGCCAAGUCAUUCAAUGGGUCACGAGACGGCCGCCUUGUGCCCACAUAACAAGCCACCCAGAUGAACCUUGAAGAGGCAGGAAGCUGCUUUUAGUAGCAUAAACGGCGUAUCAUCCAACAAUGAGUAUUAUAGUGUAGGAUGCUUCAGAAGCACAAUUUUUGUACAUAUUUUUGAAGCCCAUGGAGAGUAGGAUCACGAUCUUUGCAGAGUCUUCUAGAGUAUACAACGUCGAUAAGAUCAACUUGUCGUUGGCUGUGUUGCCAUCGCAUAAAAUUGCGGAAACUGCAUCAAUUUCGACUCAAAGAAGUUUCGUUCCUCAAAUUUUCUUUCCAUA